AUGACCAGUACUAGUGAUCACCCGGGUACCCCUCCCUUUCAAGUUAUCACAAUAUCUUUGAAUACCCUGAAUAACCUCAGGAAUGUGGAAGACAGCUCAUUCCAAUCCCUCAUGAGGCUGAUAUCUGCUGUGACGAACCAUUGCAAUGCAGACCCUGCUCCUACUCCCGCCGUGCUUCACACCUCCCGCCGCCGCCGCCGCCGCCGCCCCCGCCGCCACGGCAGCCUUGGAUCCUUUUUCUCGUUCCCGAAGAGGCCGGUCUUCCGGUUCACCUCCGAGUACGACAGCGACAGCUCCGUCUUUCUCCACGAGGUCCCCUGCAGGCUUCUCGACGGCCUCGCCAAACUCAAGCUCUCCUUCGGCGAUGACAGGAAGGGCGAGAUCGCCCAGCCUCGGCUGGCCUUCGUUUCCAAGCACACGUCCAGUAGAGCGCGCUCGUCAAGGUCGGCGUGCGACGUCGGGCCGAGGCUGCAUCUCAGCGCCGAACACGAUGUCAAGGCACAACAAGGAGAGAUGUCGCUGGUUGAGGACCUUGCCGAACCCGGUUAUGCGCUCGAGCUGUCGUCUCCCGUACAUACUGUGGGGUUGCCAAGGGCGACGGUAAAGUUCCCUCCUAGUGAAGUCUCACUGGAAGAAAGAGAAGAGGAGGAAGUGAAGAGAACGUUGUCAAUAAAUGGGAUUCUUAAAAGUCAAAUCUGGAAUGGAGCGUGCAGUGCCCCAUAUGCAGAGGAAGAACUGAAAGUAAGAUAUUCUUUUAAGGAUGAGGAGCUGUCUUUUAUCCCAAUCAUUUCUCUGCCCUCAAAUGCUCUCUCGGUUGCGCUCAAGCGUAGAUUUUGUCCUUCUAGCAAGUUGAGCUACUGGUACAAUUUCGAUACAGAGUACUGGAGUGCGGUCUAUGAGCAAACUUAUGGCAAGGAUUUCAAGUUUAAGGCUGGGUACGAUUCGGAGGUCGGCCUAGGUUGGGCAUCUCUUCGAGUUGGAGAUGAAGACGGCAAAGUGAAGACAGCGCCGAUCAAGAUGAAAUUUUAUUUCAUGCUCCAAGUGCCACAAGGCGACAUUAAUUCAUCAGCCUUGAUGUUCCGUGUUAAAAAGAGGUGGGAUAUAUGAUCAACCGCGUUGGAUGAGAGGGUGUUGUAGCAUGACAAUGCGCCGCUACUAUGCGUGUUCCGUAAGUUUGGUUGGGGCUCGAGCUCAAAGUGGUAAUGACUGGGAUUACGAUGACGGAAUCGACUCCUACGACGAACCGCCACUAGUCUGCUGUUUUGGUGCCGCGCAGCUGGAGUUCGUGCCGAUGGUGUGGGUCCACCACAACCAGCUGAACCCGACCAACCACCUCCACCGGCACCAUCCGAUGACCUGCAGCCGGCUGCGUCCUGCUCGUGGCUUCUCGCUUCUGAUUCCCACAUCUCGGAAACGGAGAGGACCUUUUCCACCAAAUGACGCCAAAGCAUAACAACAUUCUCCACGUUGCGGCUCAAUACCAGCAAGUACAUUUCAUCAAAGAUCUUCUUCAUUGUCCAUCAGGACCACUCCUUCUUUGGCAAGGUAAUUACAAAGGAGACAAUCCCUUGCAUGUUGCUGCUAAAGUGGGAAGCUGCGGAGUGGUUCGAGUCUUUAUUGAUCUGGCGAAAUCAGUGCAUUGGGAUGUUCAAAAUGGACAAGUUGAUUUGUGCAAAGAGCUUAUUCGAAAACCGAAUUCGAAUAAGGAUACUGCUUUGCACUAUGCAGUAAGAGGAGGCCACACUGGGAUGGUGAAGUUGCUGAUUGAAGAAGAUCCUCAAUUGUGUGAUAUUACUAAUGCUGCUCAUGAGUCCCCGCUUUAUCUUGCAGCAAAUCGAGGGCUCUUUCAUGCCAUUGAAAUAAUUUUAGGAGCUUCCUAAUUCUCAUCGUCUCAUAAGGGCCCUAAGGGAUUGACCGCUUUGCAUGUGACAAUUUUUCGCCUACCAACUGGUUGGUGGAAAAUCUUGGAGAAGAGACCAGAAGUGAUCAAAGAAGGAGAUGAUUUAGGGUGGACUCCUCUUCAUUAUGUCGCUUGCUUUGGUGAAGUCGAAGUAGUUCGACAACUCUUGCAACAUGAUACUUCUGUGGCAUAUGAUUUAGACAAAGCGGGGGAAUCUGCUCUUCACAUUGCGGCGUUUCAAGGCCACAUCAAUGUUAUUGAAGAGCUUAUUAGAUCUUGUCCUGAUGCUUGUGCCAUAAUAAACACCAAAGGGCAAACGGCUCUUCAUGCAGCUGUUAUGGGUGGACGAGUAAAUGUAGUCAAGUACAUACUAGAAAUGCCAAACUUGGAGGAUCUUAUCAAUGAACAAGACAUCAAUGGAAACAUGGCUCUGCAUUUGGCUGCAUUUCAUAAAAAAAUACAACAUCAUAUACAUACUUGCACGGGACAAAAGGGUAGACCGUUUGGCCACAAAUAAAGAUCAUUCGACCGCUCUUGACAUUUUUGCUGCUCACGACGAGGUCGGCUACAGAGCUGGAAAAGUUCAUCAUGUGUUGAAAGGAUGUCAUGGAAUCCAGUGUUAUCAAGACUGGGUCAGGGAAUAUGUUAAGAAGAGGUUAGACAAGCAAUUUGUUGAGGGCCAACCAGUUGUCUCGAUAACCAGAGGAAUUAAUACCGGCAACCGAGACAAUGUCGAUUCGUCAAAAAGAAGCAUUAUCGACCUUCAGCUACUUGUGGCAGUGCUCAUAGCCACAGUGACCUUUGCUGCGGCCUUCACGAUGCCUGGGGGUUAUUACGACGAGGGACCCUACCGAGGAAUGCCAAUUCUUGCUGACAGGCCUGCUUUCAAAGCCUUCGUGAUAUUUAACACAACUGCAUUCUGUUUCUCCAUCCUGGCAUUAUUCUUACUAUACGAUCCUUCUUUCUGGGGCGCUCGCCAACAGGUGAGAUACAACACCGCCGCAGGAUGUUACAUUUAUUUUGCGAUAUGCGGGUUGGUGCUGGCCUUUGCUUGGGGUACAUAUGUCGUACUGACCAGAACCAUCGGGCUCGGGAUUGUUCUUUUUGUUGUGUUUGGAUGUCUCCUGACUAUGCACCGCAUCGGUAUUUUCCUUGACCCCGAGGUUGGUUUCUGGUUGCCACGUAGCACUCUCAGGAGAUUCGUCCGAAACAUACUGUUUGAUUAUGGGAUAUUCUAGGAAAGCUGCUAACAAGUUUGGGCCGUGUGCACGGGAUAUUUUCAUUUUUGCAUUGUUAGCCUUAUUUUCCGGCAGUUUUAUGUCAGCUGUCAGGUUUGAAACCCCUAAAAGUGGACCUGUUGGAUUGAGAAUCGGCCAAAUAGCCAUGUAAAAGAUGAAUGGAAAGCGGAAAAGGCCAACAAGUUGAGACUUUUUGUGUAUGUGAAGGAUGCACAAGCCGAUUGCAUCACAGUUAGCCAAAUGAA